UUUUUACUCACAUGAGAUAAGAAAGACUCCAUAAAACAUGCAACCUGGCAACUCUUGAAUCAGGUUUGGCCCAGCAAAGCCUUCGAGUGAGAUUUGCUGAUCAGUCUAGGUGGGCAAGAGGCAGGGCGAGAGUGAAAUUAUACAGUGCAAGAUGUUGUCGACGCGUUUGCUUGCCCGUGCGCGAGGUGCGGUGACGUCAGUGCAGCGAGGACUCUCCACGCAGGAGGUCAUCGCCAGGGAAGAGAAGUUCGGAGCUCACAACUACCACCCGCUUCCCGUAGCACUCAGCAGGGCCCAGGGUGUGUUCGUAUGGGACGUGGAGGGCAAGAGGUACUUCGACUUCCUGAGUGCCUACUCCGCCGUCAACCAGGGCCACUGCCACCCCAAGAUCGUUGGGGCGCUGGUCGACCAGGCACAGAAACUCGCUCUCACUUCCAGAGCUUUCCACAACGACAUCCUGGGAGAAUAUGAGGAAUAUGUCACCAAACUUCUCGGUUACGACAAGCUCCUUCCCAUGAAUACAGGCGUCGAGGCGGGCGAGACGGCGUGCAAGCUGGCUCGGAAGUGGGCGUACAAGGUGAAGGGCAUCCCGACGAACAAGGCUAAGAUCCUGUUCGCCGAGAACAACUUCUGGGGCCGAACGCUGGCGGCCGUGUCCAGCUCCAGCGACCCUUCGGCGUACAGCGAAUACGGACCUUUCAUGCCCGGAUUCUCCCUCGUGCCUUAUGAUAACCUGCAGGUUCUUGAGGAGGCGUUCGCGGACCCCAACGUGGCAGCGUUCAUGGUGGAGCCCAUCCAGGGGGAGGCGGGCGUCGUGGUGCCUUCGGAAGGCUACCUCAAGGGCGUGCGAGAACUAUGCACCCGCCACAACGUGCUAUGGAUCGCGGAUGAGGUUCAGACCGGCUUGGCUCGCACGGGACGACGUCUGUGUGUGGACCACGAGGAGGUCAAGCCCGACUUGCUGUUGCUGGGGAAGGCGUUGUCAGGUGGCAUGUACCCGGUGUCGGCAGUGCUAGCCAACGACGAAGUCAUGCUAACUAUCAAGCCUGGAGAACACGGCUCCACUUACGGCGGCAACCCUCUCGCCUGCAAGGUCGCCAUGGCAGCCCUUGAGGUUAUGGAAGAAGAAAAACUGGCCGAGAAUGCCGAGAGGCUGGGCAACAUUCUGCGCUCAGAGCUGUCCAAAUUGCCUCAGGAAGUGGUGUCUGUCGUUCGUGGCAAAGGACUUCUCGAUGCCAUUGUCAUAAACAAGAAUUUCGACGCGUGGAAGGUAUGCCUGCGUCUCAAAGAAAACGGACUGCUGGCCAAACCCACUCACGGAGAUAUCAUUAGAUUCGCGCCUCCUCUAACUAUCACGGAGGAGCAGCUGCAUGAAUGCCUCGACAUCAUCAAGACGACUGUUCUCUCCUUCUAAUGCUACUUCACAUUCCCCCGUUUCCUGAUUUUUAUACCUGGUGUAUCGAGGAAACGCGUUGAUUUUUUUUUUCUUAACAGAAUUCAUGUGAUGGAAAUUAUAUAUACAGAAAUAUUUUCAUACGUCAGAAGAAAGUUUGCGGAUGUGUGAUUGAGCGUGUUUGUGUUGAAACGUUCCUGUGUGUUUGUAGCUGUGUCUGGAUACGUUUGUAAUUCCAUGCGUAUGUGUAUGUGUGAUUGAUUGCACUCUGCGUUUGAAUUUGUUAAAACUUUUUUGCACAUAUAGACUGAGUCAUCACAUUUAGUGUAUUGUAAUAUUUUAUAUCCCUGGUGCCAUGACUCAUUACGAUAAAUGUGAUUUUGUAA